CACCUUUCGGUCAUUCAAGCAGCAGCCCAUCCAUGUCGUCAUAUUUCUGUGUGUCUCGCAUGAAUCUCUCCCAAACCACAUCCCACAGCGCAUCACUCGGGUCAUCAGGCAUGUUCGCAGGCCCGCUCGACUUGCGUACUCUCGCCCGCAGCCACCGAUACAGCCGCAUAUCCAUAUCCUUCGCCUCCCCUUCACUCCGGGCCGCCGCUUCCAUGUCUCUCAAUCCAAUGGCGUCCAGAGAAUCCAUAAAAGCCCCAAGCACAGCCAAUGGACAGAUGUAAUCAUCUUUUGGGUCCCCUGUGUCCGUCUCGCACUCCCAUUUGAUCUCCCAAAUGUGGUUGAGAUGGCGGAAAGCCAUGAAGAGGUGCAUCGUUGGGGCGGGGUCGAAUUCGGUGGCUUCCACGGGACACACGUGGACGAACAGGUCCAUUUCGAAGAGCAGUUUCCUUAGCUCGGGCACAUCCUCCGCUUCCCAUGCUUUAGUAUCCAUGUCGAUGUCAGGCUUGCUCUUUUCGCCACUGUAGAUGUCCUCUGCUUCCCAAGCCCGGCGGGCUUUCCCUCUCCGCUGCUUUCUUGUUGCUGGCGGCCUGUGCUUUUUUGCGUCGGCCGCUAUCUUUUCGGGGUCGAUCCAGCCGGUCAGGGGCGUCGCUUCGAUGACGGCGAACAGGAGACCUGCAUCAUUCACAUGGGAUCAAGGAUGGAGGGAAACCAACAACCCCGACCUGCAGCAAGAGAGCUUACGUCGACUCUGCUGUGGGGUCUCAAGAUUCCGUUCUUUCAUCCUCUGCAGCAUUGCUGCAUGCCUCCGCCCCACGUCGGUGUUGGCCAUACUCCUGCCCGCCUGCCAGGUCCAGAACAUUUCCCGGCCCUUGUGACAAACCCACAGAUACCGAGACCAAGGGGAGUAGCUUACAAUUUGUGUCGUUUGGGUGGCAUACCUUGAUGCGCAUGGCGUUCAAGGCAGCUUUCUCCCAUAUGUCUUUCCUCAUAUUCGUCUUGGGACACGUGUAGAGGUGCUCCGAGAGGCCGGGGACGUCUCGGUAGAGAGUCGUUUCGAAUCUCACCAGGCCGGGCCGCUUCACUUGCUCUGCUGGAGGCUUGAUGUUGAGCCUCUUGUUUAUCUUGUCCUGAAGGUGGUACCGGAUGUUUUUCUGCAUGCCCAGCCGGCUCCCCAGUUCCGUCCUGUGGAUGUUCUCGACGAACUCGAUGAAGAGCUGGCUGACUGCACUGGAGACCAACCUGUAUCAUGUCACACAGACACAGCUGAUCAGACCAAGGAAACCUUUCUUGUGCGUUCACACCUGUAGGAUAACGUCGCCACAGUCAAGGUUGCCGCGAUGGAAGGAGAAAAUGCGACGAGGCUCCUUCCGUCACGCUCAUCUUCCUUCGCCGUUUCGACGGCGGGACCAUUCCAUGACGCCAUGCACCGGCAAGAAACGAACCCCAGCAGCAGCCAGAUGGUGACGGUCAUUGCAAAGAGGCACGCUGACGUAGUUUUCAUCAGCC